AUGGCAGGAAAAGAAGUUCGAGAGUACACAAACCUUACGGAUCCCAAAGAUAAAAAAUUGGGGAAGGGAAAGGACAGAGUAGAUGAUGAAGAAAUUACUUUUCAACGUAUGGUCGCUAAGAUGCAAGAGGUUGCAGGAGAACGUGGAGGUUACCUUCAUGGACGAGGCGCCUUGGACAGCGAUGAUUUACUUUAUCUCAAGGAGCAGAUGGAGGCUGAGGAAGAUGCGGAACGUCUUCUACGCCGUACUGAGAAACGUGCGUUUGCUGCUUUUAAGAUAUCCUUUUAUUCUCCUCAAGUACUAUUAAGUAAUGAUGAGGAAUCGUUAAUGCAAAACUCUGCAAUUGUUCCAUUGCCACUUCGUGUUGAGCCCAAGCCAAAGAGUGGAAUCAGGCAACAAGAUUUGCUGAAGAGGAUGGUGGAAGUGAAGCCGAAGCGGCAGAGAGUUUCUAGCCCUUCCGAUGGAAUGCAAUCCUCUGUAAUUCUGAGUAGACAGGAAUCUGGUAAACAUGAAUCUGUGAGUGAUCAGGAAAAGGAAAAAGAGAAAAGUGCUGUCGACAGAUUUAACAAAGUGGGAGAGGAAAAGAAGCUGGAUAACCCAGUAGUAAAAAGUUUGCUAGUGGAGUAUGAGAGUUCUGAUGAUGAUGAAUAA